AUGGAGCUGGGUAAGGAGAUGGAGUAUGCAGCUUCGGGUAUGGAAAAUGUGGGCAGAAGGGAGAGGAAAAAGCUCUUAAUCAGCUCAGCGACGAGUCGUUGUGCAUGCGUCCAACCGCUGCCUGUGGACGAAUGCUCAUCAUUACAUGCAGGUUAUACAGCCGAAUCUGUACCCUAUGACUAUUCGGCAAGCAUUGAGUGUUUGGCUGAGCCUCUGGAGCCUCAAUAUGGAGGCGGCAUCAUUCUCAACCCAGACUUUGAGAGAGGAAUUCAAGAAUGGUCCUCCUUCGGCUAUGGCCGUAUAGCAGAAAGGACAUCCAGUACUGGAAACAAGUACCUUGCUUUCACUCACAGCAGAAGCAGACCCUACCAGAGUGUUUCACAGAAGCUUCUUCUUCAUAAGGAUAACCUCUACACUUUCUCUGCUUGGUUGCAGACUAUUGAGGGAUCUGUUGAUGUUGUGGCUGUCUUCAAGACUGGGGGCAAGUUUAUCCAUGCAGGAGCAAUUGAAGCCAAGUCUGGCUGCUGGUCCAUGCUCAAAGGAGGUCUUUCUGUUGACGUCACUGGACCUGCUGAAGAACUAUUUUUCGCAAGUAACAGCACUGCAAUAGAGAUAUGGGUGGAUAGUGUCUCCUUGCAGCCAUUUACAGCAGAAGAAUGGAGGUCUCAUCAGACUCAAACCAUAAAGCAGUCUCGUAUGAGGCUUGUGAAAUUGAAAGCUGUUGACGCCAAUGGAACCAUCCUUCCAAAUGCCACGAUCUCCAUCAAACAGAAAAGGCGAGGUUUCCCAUUUGGCUGCGCCAUCGCUCAACCCAUUCUCACCAACACCGCGUACCAGAACUGGUUUACCUCUCGCUUCACUGUGACCACCUUCGAGAACGAAAUGAAGUGGUACAGCAAUGAGAAAUCACAAGGGAAGGAGGACUACUAUACUGCAGACGCCAUGGUUGCGUUCGCGAAGCAGCACGGCAUUGCCGUGCGAGGCCAUAACAUAUUCUGGGAUGAUCCCAGGUAUCAAAUGGGAUGGGUGACAUCACUAUCCUAUGACCAGCUCAAGUACGCCGCCGCGAAGCGACUCAACUCCAUCGUCUCCAGAUAUAGAGGUCAACUCAUUGCUUGGGAUGUUGUUAAUGAGAACCUUCACUUCAACUUCUUUGAGCAGAGGCUGGGACAGGGCUUCUCAGGGGAUGCCUUUAUACAUGCUAGACAGAUUGAUCAGGGGGCUCUCAUGUUUUUGAAUGACUUCAACACGUUGGAGCAGCCAGGUGAUCCGGCAUCGACGCCGGAUAAGUAUCUUCAGAAAUUUUGGGAGAUACAGAGCUACACUAAGAAGAAUGUGAGGAUGGCAAUAGGGCUUGAAGCGCACUUCAGCCAACCAAAUAUCCCUUUCAUGAGAGCUGCUCUUGAUAAGCUUGCAGGAGCAAAAGCCCCCAUCUGGCUCACCGAAGUGGACGUCUUCCAGAUGCCCAACCAGGCACAAUAUCUGGAGGCAAUCUUGAGAGAGGCUUUCUCACAUCCGGCAGUUCAAGGGAUUGUGAUUUGGGCCGGAUGGCAUCCUGAGGGCUGCAAUCGGAUGUGUCUGACUGAUAACAACUUCAGGAACUUGGCCACAGGAGAUGUGGUUGACAAGCUGAUGAAAGAGUGGAGAUUUGACAAUGUAGUGGGUACAACCGACAAAAAUGGCAUCUUUGAAGCUCAGCUCUUUCAUGGGGAAUAUGACAUCAGUGUGCUGAAGUCGUCGGGGGUUUCUUUAACAGUCAAUCAGGAGGAAACAGUUUCUCACGGUGAUGGCGAUACACAUGUGGUUAUUGUAUAA